UGGAAAAAGCCACGAUCUUGCCCUCAAGAGUUCGGGGCCCCCGGCGGGGGCCCAUGAGGGCUGAUCCAUAUGGCGAAUCCAUGAGGGGCACCGUAGGGGCCCCGCAUGGAUCGCCCUCAUGAUCGAUUAGCAAAAUUUUCUAAGUCCAAAAAUAAAAUAUUUUUUUAUCACCAAAAAAUUAAUGUUUAUAAUGAUUCACAACAAUGAAAAACGCGUUUUUAAUUAAAUUAUAUUUUCACUUUUUUUGAAAAUAACACUCACACUUAUGGCGAAUCCAUGAGGGGCACCGUAGGGGCCCCGCAUGGAUCGCCCUCAUGAUCGAUUAGCAAAAUUUUCUAAGUCCAAAAGUCAAAUAUUUUUUUAUCACCAAAAAAUCAAUGUUUAUAAUGAUUCAGAACAACGAAAAACGCGUUUUUAAUUAAAAUAUAUUUUCACUUUUUUUGAAAAUAACACUCACACUUAUGGCGAAUCCAUGAGGGGCACCGUAGGGGCCCCGCAUGGAUCGCCCUCAUGAUCGAUUAGCAAAAUUUUCUAAGUCCAAAAGUCAAAUAUUUUUUUAUCACCAAAAAAUCAAUGUUUAUAAUGAUUCAGAACAACGAAAAACGCGUUUUUAAUAAAAAUAUAUUUACACUUUUUUGAAAAUAACACUCACACUUAUGGCAAAAUAGAUGAGGGCCACCGUAGGGGCCCGCAUGGAUCGCCCUCAUGAUCGAAUAGUAAAAUUUUCUAAGUCCAAAAGUCAAAUAUUUUUUUAUCACCAAAAAAUUAAUGUUUAUAAUGAUUCACAACAAUGAAAAACGCGUUUUUAAUUAAAAUAUAUUUUCACUUUUUUUGAAAAUAACACUCACACUUAUGGCAAAAUAGAUGAGGGCUAUCGUAGGGGCCUCGCGUCGUUCGCCCAUAUGAUUGCAUAGCAGAAAUUUCCAAGUUGAAACCCCGCGCAUGCGUCAUAUUUUUCGAAGGAUAUUUAUAAAAAACGUGAUGAUACACACCUAACCUCGCAAAAUUAAAUGUUCUCCUAGCUCAAUUUAAUUUUCAUCUAAGGUGUUGACUGUUUUGUGGUUUUUAAAAAGAUGGAUAGAAAAGAGCAAAAUAAGAUAAGAUGUCAGAGAUAUCGCUCAAGUAUAAAAUGCUUGACCGAGUUAAAUUGUGAUACAACACCAGAGGAAAUUUUCGUUGACUGCUCUGACGAAGAGGAUCGAGAUUAUGGCUUUCCUGUAAAUUUACAAGGAAAUGAAAUGGAGAAAAAUGAUUAUGUUCAAGAGGUAAAUGAAAGUGAUUAUGUUGAAGACAAAAAUGUAAAUUCUCAAGAUAAUUUUAUCCUAGGAAGUCAAGAUUGUUUAGAAGAUGGAGAAAAUUCUUUAAUAUAUGAAGCUGAUAUUAUGGAUGCGAUAUUUCUUGAUACUGAUGAAAAUUCAAGUGACGACGUUUCUUUUAGUGACCAAAACGAAAGUGACAACGAGCAAAUACAAGAUGUAGAAUUUGACUCAAAACAAGAUGAAGUGUCAGAAAUUCCACAACUGAGGGAAUGGAUUAAAAAGAAAAAUAUUCACCUUGACGCUGUCGAUGAAUUGUUAGUAAUUUUAAGACAAAGAUUGUUACCAACUUUACCUAAGUGUGGUAAGACAUUUUUGAAAACUGCAGAUGCUAAAUAUAAUUUAAUUCAAAUGGAGGAUUCAAAUCAAGAAAUGGGAGAGUUCGUUUAUUUUGGCAUUGCAACUGCACUUCAAGAUUGUGUGAACGUAGAUUUGCAUGAAGAUAAAAUUCUCCAGUUAUUAUUUAAUAUUGACGGCAUAACAAUGACGAAGUCAGGGAUUAAUGAUAUGUGGGUUAUUUUGGGAAAAGUUUUCUUUGACCCUGAUGUUUAUGAAGUUUUUCCGAUUGCUAUUUUUUAUGGUAAAACAAAACCGAAUCUUGAACAAUUUCUUGAAGCAUUCGUAAAUGAAAAUAACAAAUUUCUAAAAGAGGGAAUCAAGAUCUCAAAUAUUCAUUUUGAAUAUCAAAUAAAAGCUUUUAUAUGUGAUACACCUGCCAGAGCCUAUUUAAAAAAUAUAAUGGGUCAUAAGAGUCAUAAUGGUUGCGAGAGAUGUGAAAUCGAAGGAACAUCCGUAGAAAGAACUUCUGUAUUUCCCUUAACUAAUCAACGAAAACGAACUGACUAUAGGUUUCGAAAGAGAAAAGAUCAUAAACAUCAUCAUGGACCUUCGCCUUUAGAAAAAAUAACUCCAAUUAUUAAUAUGAUAAAAAUUUUCUUGUUAGAUUUUAUGCAUCUUUGCUGUUUAGGAGUUAUGAAGCGAAUAUUAGAAUAUUUGUUGGCGGGUGACAAAAAUGUGAGGUUGAGUGUUUCAGAAAGAGAAGAACUUUCCAGGCGUAUGAAUGUCUUAUAUACACAAAUCCCAUCAGAAUUUCAAAGAAAAUCAAGGUCGACAAAGCAUGCUGCAAAGUGGAAAGCUGUCGAAUAUAGGUUUUUCCUACUUUAUUGUGGGCCCGUGAUAAUGAAAAAACUCGUACGAAUAGAUUUGUUACAACAUUUUUUACUUUUCCAUACUGCAUGUAGAAUAUUGUGCUGCAAGACACUCUCGAUUCUCUAUACUGAACGAGCAAAAGAGUAUUUAACAAGUUUCUUUAUUGCUAUGAAAGAUUUUUACGGUGAUAAAUCCCAAGUAUUAAAUUCACAUUAUUUAAUACAUCUUGCAGAUGAUGUAAGGCGUAUGAAAUGUUGUCUUAGUCAACUUACUGCUUUUCCUUUUGAAAGCUAUUUGGGGAAAUUAAAAACACUUAUUCGUACAUCAUACCGACCACUACAACAGAUAUGCCGACGACUGUAUGAGCAGAAUUUUUCUUUUAAAAGACCGUGUUUACCACCAUUAUAUGAAAUCUUAAGUAGGAGACAAGGUUCAAUUUUAAAAAUAAAAUAUAAACAAGUUAGCUUUUCAUGCUUUCCACCUAACAAUGCAAUUUUGCUUGAUAAUAAUUUGAUUUUCACAAUUAACUCAAUGUUUGAAACUCCAGAGGGGAUUCAAAUAGAAGGGCAUACUUGGAAAAAAAUUAAACCUAUUUUCACUUAUCCGUUUGAUUCUGGAAAAUAUAUGAAUAUGUGGGAAUUGAGAAACAAAUCUCGAAACAAAGUGAAAACAAUUACACUAAGUUCAGUUAAAAAUAAAUUAUUAAAGUUUUCUUUAUCUUUCGAUAAAAACAAUGAUCAAGAACGCGUUUUUGUAAUUCCUUUUCUUCAUUAAGAAAUAAUGUUGUAUCAAAACUAU